AUGGAUUCCAAUACUUCAGAUCGCCUCAAGAGGCUUCAAAUGGAAGACCUCGGAACCGCCCGACGGGAGUACAUCUCAACUGCAGAUGACAGGCGACAUAAGAAGGCUAGGUUGGAAGACAUAGAGGCAAUACGGAUGACAAACGUUCCUGGUUCAGCUGCUCAACGCAUGGCCACCGCAAACCAGGGGAGACUUGAGGAUUGGGCAAAUGUCCACAAGACAAUAGGUGAUACCGAAGACCUGGAAAACCUUGACAGCCUCCUGGAUGGACAAAGUCAUCGACUUCAGCUAAGCGCCAUGAUUCGGGGAAGUGGAGGGCAAAAUUACAUAGGGGAUCAAAGGCGCUCUGGUUCUGCUCCGGCUAUCAGGUCAUUGCAUCCGGUCGGUCGUGGCGGCGGCGUGAUAGGCACCCGAGGACGUGGAACAAGGCAGAGCUCUUUACCGCCGUCCAACUUUGCACCCAGAGGCCAUGCUGCUCAGCCCCAGAAGCGGUCCCAUAGAGAUGCGGCUCUUGACGACAAUGACUUCUACCGCACGGCUCGUGAAGGAAACGCUUCAAGGAAGGUAGAAGCCAUGAGAGGACAACACAGACGAUCUUCUGUGCGAAGGCCUACGUCUUCUAUGACCAGACCGAGAAGACCCGUGUCACAGGUUGACUAUAGUAGCAUGCUCAGUCAGCCACAGAGUUUCCUUGCUGCCGCUCGCAGUCUGGUUAGCGCUAGAACUACGCCGGCUGCCCCUACUCCUGCCUCCCAAACAUCUCGCGAUGCUGGCAGACCUGAGGCCAGUCAAAAGUCUUCAAAGCCAAUGGACACCACAGAUAGGUCUACCAUUCAGGAGACGCAGCCGCAUUCGAAGCCCCAACUGGCGGAAUCUUCCAAGCCUCUUCCCCGUCCAGUAGUUCAGCUACCGGCAAUUCCCCCUCGAAGCACGGCUUUGCAGCGAGAGAGUGCAACCAAGACGGACGAGCCGCUUUUAGUCUUGCCACCUCCAGCCGUACUCGAUACCGCCAGUCAGGAUCAAGGGUCUGCCUCUAUGAGUUUGGAGUCGACGGAGGAUGAACAAUCUAAUUCUGGAAUGCCUGAAAGCCAAGCUGGAACACGAGAACAAGUUACCACUGACCCGUCUACAGAGGCAGCUCCUGCACCGGAUGCUAUAGAUACCACUCCAAAGGUAGCAACUGAUGUCAAAGAAGCCAUCCUGCUUGACUUUAGCUCCACACCACCGGAGCAAAGCAUCCAUGGCCAAAGUCCUGCUACUACGGAGGUGCUAACUCCUUCUCUUGAAGACCUGAAAGGCCUUGACUUUAAACAGGAUCUUCACCCUAGGUUUCCUACUAGAAGAAAAGUUGACUUUGACAUAUCUUUGGACAAAAGGGAAUCAUUCACCAAUGAGCAUGAUGUCAUGCCUACCAAACAACAUAACAAUUCCGAAGCCAGCGAGGAUCUGCGUCGGCAGAUUAAUAUGCUGUGCGAGCUUUUGCAGUCGACUUCUCUUUCGGGUAAAACAACUCAGACACAAGAAGACCCUUUCCUUGGAAAGCCGGUUCUUGAAUCUCUUGAAGCGGCAGCUGAGCCAGAUGAACAACCUCAAUCGACCAUCAGUGGUCUGGGUAUACAGAAUGUAUCCAUGGACAGCUCCACUCCAAAGAAAGCUGAGACUAUAAUCGAACCAGACAAGCAAUCGACCCCCAGCAUCGGUGGACAGAUCAUGCCUACAUCACUGGAGAAUGCCCGACUAGCGAUGGCAAGUCCAAGCCCUUCCACCCGACUGAACGUGACCGCGCCGCCAUUCGUCCCAAAGACACCCUACCGCGCCCAGUCGAAUAGUUUCUCAAGCGAGUCAAAUGCGACAUGUGUGCCUGAAACUCCCUGCCCGCACCGUCGCGUGAGCAUGCCAGAAGGACACAUAUUUGGCGAUCACCUACUGCCAGGUAGGCGUAGAGAGACCAUAUCCUCUGGAGCCGAGCCGCUUGCGGCGAAGCAGCCACCGACCGAUGUUUCAACUCCAGAAGUUCCUGAACCCCGUUUCAAGUUCUCGAUUCCGCCGAAAGUCUCGCACAAAUUGACUAUCAAGACACUAGUCCGGGAAGGAUUUGGCAAAGAGGAGACCCCCAGACCAAUUGCGCCACGUCUUGCAUCAGGAAACAUUCCCAAGCCGGCCACCAGACCUUCAGCUGCUCUGCAACAACCCGUCCAUGCCCCGAAGCCCAAACCCUCCCCCUCCGCCCUGGGCGGUCUCGAGAGCUCUAGAUAUGCGUCGCCAUCGAGCAACAAGCCUUUUCGAUAA